CUAAAACUCCACCGCCGCUUUCGGUAAGCCAACCCCCUGCAUCAUCAUCAUCCAUCUAGCAUCGGCUCUGCCCUGUGGCAUGCUUUGCCUGCCAUCCAUAGUUGCUUCUCCACACAUGCUUUCACUUGUCUCCCCGCUCUUCCCCUGUUCGCCGUUGUUACUGUUGUACUUGCCGCUCAUUCGGCUUCCCCGACUUUGCAAUCCGAUGCAUCAUCUACUACUAUUACUUCCACGUUCUCCAAAUCCGGGAUGUAUUUAAA